GGCGCAGACAAAGGCGCGGGCGGCGCGGGGCUCGCGGAGGGCGCGGGCCGGAGGCAGCAGCGACGACGACGACGACGCGGGGGGACAAACUAGUGACUCCUGUCACCCCUGUGGGUGCCCCUUAAAGGCCAUCCAGUCCAGCCUAACCAAUGUCCACAGCCAGGGAACAGCCAAUCUUCAGCACCCGGGCGCACGUGUUCCAGAUCGACCCCACCACAAAGCGGAACUGGAUCCCGGCUGGCAAGCAUGCACUUACCGUGUCCUACUUCUAUGAUGCAACCCGAAAUGUGUACCGUAUCAUCAGCAUUGGGGGUGCCAAGGCCAUCAUCAACAGCACAGUCACGCCCAACAUGACCUUCACCAAAACCUCUCAGAAGUUCGGGCAGUGGGCGGACAGUCGUGCCAACACUGUGUAUGGCCUCGGCUUUGCCUCUGAGCAGCAGCUGACGCAGUUUGCUGAGAAGUUUCAGGAGGUGAAAGAAGCGGCCAGGCUGGCUCGAGAGAAAUCUCAGGAUGGUGGAGAAUUCACUAGCGCCGCCCUGGCCCUGGCCUCCCAUCAGGUCCCUCCAAGCCCUCUGGUCAGCACCAAUGGUCCAGGAGAGGAAAAGCUGUUCCGCAGCCAGAGUGCAGACGCCCCUGGUCCCACGGAGCGGGAGCGGUUGAAGAAGAUGCUGUCCGAAGGCUCUGUAGGGGAGGUCCAGUGGGAGGCCGAGUUCUUCGCGCUUCAGGACAGCAACCAGAGGCUGGCGGGGGCCCUUCGAGAAGCCAACGCGGCUGCCACUCAGUGGAGGCAGCAACUGGAGGUGCAGCGUGCAGAGGCUGAACACCUGCGGCAGCGGGUAGCAGAGCUGGAGGCCCAGGUGGGGGCAGAGCCAGGCCGGGCCGGAGAGAAAGAAGCCACCAGCCAGUCGGUGGGGCAGCUGGAGGCUCGGGUGCAGACCAAGGACCAGGAGAUCCAGACGUUGAAGAAUCAGAGCCCUGGCACCCGAGAGGCUCCCGACACUGCCGAGCCGGAGGAGACGCAGCAGCAGGUUCAGGUUGGCUGCAAGCCCUCGCCUGACCUGGAGACCCGGAAUGCAGAGCUGGAGCAGCAGCUGAGGGCGAUGGAGUGCAACCUGGAGGAGGCGCGGGCCGAGCGGGAGCGCGCACGGGCGGAGGUGGGCCGGGCCGCGCAGCUGCUGGAUGUGCGGCUGUUUGAGCUGAGCGAGCUGCGCGAGGGCCUGGCUCGCCUGGCAGAGGCGGCACCCUAGUCUGCCCCGGACGGUCUGUGGCCUCAAGGCGACCUGGCAGGGACCAGGGGACCCCAGCUGUCUCUGAGCUUCGCACUGUGUAGAGUUUUCUAGAAUUCUUGGGCAGUGCUUCUGCCCAGGUUACAUUUCUACGUGUGGCAUUGCUGGCACCUGCACCCCAGGGAC